AACCGACACAGAGCGAUCAGAGGCGCCUGAAAAAGCGGGAAGAGUCUCCCACCGCCAUAACCGCUUGUCCCUCCCCUUCGCCGCCACCAACCGCCGGGAACUUCUUCCACACGUGGCGGGUCCUUAGGGCCGUCAGAUCCACUUGUUUCGCCUGUCCGAAAAGCAAUCGGCCAGACAGAGCGAUAAGAGAGUGAAAAACAAGUUUCAGAGAAGAGAGAGAGAGAGGGUUAAUAUCGUUUUUCGUUUCAUAUAUUGCCGGUUUCCUGUUUGAAUCAGAGGAUGGUUGUCCUCUUGUUGACAUAUCUGUUUGUUCGUCACGAAUAGGUUUUGAAUUUCCGCUAAAAUUUUGAUAUCGAAAAAACUUUCGGUUUCUGGUUUCCUGCUUCAACUAUUUCGCGUCAAUCUGCAAGAAGAGAGAUUUUUAGGUGUCAGUGCACUCGUCGCCAAAUUUCUAGGCACGGUUGACAGGUACAGCGGUGGUCAUCAUCGUUUUCCAAAUAUCGGUUUCAGAUAUUGAAAGUUUGAUCACUGUUCUGUUCCCUACACUAGCAGAGUGUUCAAUUUUCCUCCCAAUCAAUCAAGUAUUUUGUGCGGAAAAGGGUUGGCAGAGAGUUUAACUAGAGAAAAUGGAACAGAAGCACUUUUUAAUGUCUGCUUUGAGCGUUGGGAUUGGCGUCGGGGUUGGGAUCGGUUUGGCUUCAGGCCAGACUGUAAGCAAAUGGUCCGGUUCUUCUUCAUGCGCCGUUACACCGGAGAGGAUGGAAGAUGAGAUGCGUAGACUGGUUGUUGAUGGCACAGAUAGCAGCGUCACCUUCGACAAGUUUCCGUACUACCUGAGUGAGCAGACAAGGAUCUUACUGACUAGUGCUGCCUUUGUCCAUUUGAAGAAUGCUGACUUUUCUAAGCACACACGGAACCUUUCUCCUGCAAGUCGUGCUAUUUUGCUCUCCGGACCUGCUGAACUUUACCAGCAAAUGCUUGCAAAGGCUGUAGCUCAUUACUUUGAAGCCAAGUUGCUGUUAUUGGAUAUGACUGACUUCUUAUUAAAGAUUCAGAACAAAUAUGGGAGUGGAAUCAGUGGAUCUGGAUUUAAAAGAUCCAUUUCAGAGACAACGUUGGAGCGAAUGUCUGGUUUAUUUGAAUCAUUUUCAAUUUUUCCGCCAAAGGGAGAAAACAAAGGAAACUUACGCAGGCAAGGCAGUGGUGCAGAUGUUCUGUCAAGGGGAGCAGAAUGUUCUGAUCCUCCAAAACUUCGUAGAAAUGCAUCUGCUGCAGCUAAUCUUAAUAACCUUGCCUCACAAUCCAGUUCUGCUAACCCAGCUUCUCUCAAGCACACAAGCAACUGGCCUUUUGAUGAAAAGCUUCUUGUCCAGAUACUUUAUAAGGUCCUGCAUUCUAUAUCAAAAACCAAUCCCAUUGUUCUGUACCUUAGGGAUGUAGACAAGCUCCUAUAUAGGUCAAAAAGGAUACAUAAUUUGUUCCAUAAAAUGUUGAAAAAACUGUCGGGACCAGUGCUGAUCCUUGGAUCACGAAUUGUGGAUUCGGAUACUGGAUCCAGAGAAGUGGAUGAGACGCUUUCUUCUCUUUUCCCUUACAAUAUUGAAAUCCGGCCACCUGAAGAUGAAAGUCAUCUUGUCAGUUGGAAGACCCAACUGGAGGAGGAUAUGAAGAUGAUGCAGUAUCAGGACAACAGAAACCACAUUAUGGAAGUACUUGCAGCUAAUGACCUUGACUGUGAUGAUCUGACGUCAAUUUGUGUGGCAGACACAAUUGUUCUCAGUAAAUAUAUAGAAGAAAUUGUAGUGUCAGCAAUCUCUUAUCAUUUGAUGAACAACAAGAAUCCAGAAUACAGAAAUGGGAAGUUAGCUAUAUCAUCCACAAGUUUAUCCCAUGGUUUGAGCUUAUUCCAGGAAGGCAAGUCUGCUGGAAAGGAUACUUUAAAGCUGGAAGCAAAGGAUGCACAGAGGGAUGAGGCUGUAGCUGUGAAGCCUGAAACAAAAGCAGGAAGUAACAAAAGUGCAGCAGAGGCAUUAGCUACAGCAGCGAAGGAUGUUGAUGAUACAGCCACAAUAGCCAAAGCUCCUGAAGUUCCUCCUGAUAAUGAAUUUGAGAAGCGUAUACGGCCAGAAGUCAUACCUGCAAGUGAGAUCGGUGUGACAUUCAGUGAUAUUGGUGCCUUGGAUGAUAUUAAAGAAUCUCUACAGGAACUAGUGAUGCUACCUCUUCGACGACCAGACUUAUUUAAAGGAGGCCUUUUAAAGCCAUGCAGAGGAAUAUUACUUUUUGGGCCUCCUGGCACUGGGAAGACCAUGUUGGCAAAGGCCAUUGCUAAUGAGGCUGGAGCAAGCUUCAUCAAUGUGUCUAUGUCUACCAUCACUUCAAAAUGGUUUGGUGAAGAUGAGAAGAAUGUUCGAGCACUGUUUACUCUUGCGGCUAAGGUUUCCCCAACUAUUAUUUUUGUGGAUGAGGUUGAUAGCAUGCUUGGGCAACGAUCAAGAGCAGGAGAACAUGAAGCCAUGCGAAAGAUAAAGAAUGAGUUCAUGACUCACUGGGAUGGACUCAUGACAAAACAGGGUGAAAGAAUUCUUGUUCUUGCUGCAACUAAUAGGCCAUUUGAUCUUGAUGAAGCAAUUAUCAGACGCUUUGAAAGAAGAAUCAUCGUUGGCCUACCAUCAAUUGAGAACAGAGAGAAGAUUUUGAGAACUCUUCUAGCAAAAGAAAAAGUUCACGAAGAACUAGACUUUAAGGAGCUAGCAUCCAUGACAGAAGGAUAUACUGGAAGUGAUUUGAAGAACUUGUGUGUAACAGCUGCUUACAGACCAGUAAGGGAACUAAUUCAGCAGGAGAGGCUAAAGGAUCUAGAGAAAAAACAAAGAGCUGAGGAAGGACAGAAUUUAAAAGAUGCUCAAGAACCAGACGGGGAUAAAGAAGAAAGAGUAAUCACCAUCAGGCCUUUGAAAAUGGCUGACUUCAAGGAAGCGAAAAAUCAGGUUGCUGCAAGCUUUGCAGCUGAGGGAGCUAUAAUGAAUGAGCUGAAGCAAUGGAAUGAUUUGUAUGGAGAAGGAGGUUCAAGGAAGAAGGAGCAGCUAACUUACUUCCUAUGAGUCUGUUUACCUUCUGUGCACUUUCUACUACAUCUACAAACUACUUAAGAGAGGGUGGUCACUCGAAGCUCUUAGGACGAACUGCAAUCCAUCCAUGAGUAAAGAACCAAAAUUGACAUUUGAGUGAGGACUAUAUAUUUAGUUGUGUCGAAUUAGUAGAAAAUUAGCGGAGAACUAGUGACAUAUUACCACACAUAGUAGACGACUGGUUUCCUACCGUGGAAUGUCCCAUUCGUUAUUUUUAGGCUUUUUGCAUUUUGCAUUGUGAAAUAUGUCUGGGCUGUCAUUUUUGAGGAUGUCUUGUCUUUUAACUACUGUUGUAUGUUGGCAGAGUAGAUAUGGUUUCUCACUAUGUUAUGAAACCUUUAAUAUGAUAUAUAUAUAUAUAUAUAUAUAUAAA